CCUAUAAGAGGCCAUCGGAGAGAAGUCAGCCCCUUAGCCCAAUAAUUUUCUGGAGUUUUCCCCUCAGCUCAACUCUGACCUUUAAACACCAAGAAUACUUUUAUAAGGAAUAUUCAAAGUACCAAAGUUACAGAAUACCAAAUAACACUUGAUUCUUGCCCUUUUGAGUGCAGUGUAAUUUUUGAUCUGGGGGGCUGGGGAUUUAGCUCAGCGGCAUAAGCGCCUGCCUUGCAAGCAGGCAGUCGUGAGUUUGAUUCCUGGUACCGAUAAAAACGAAAAAGACAAAAAAAAAAAAAAAUUUUUUUUUUGAUCUGGGAUGAACCAAAAAUCUUACGAGGGCCAGGCAUGAUGACACACAUCUGUAAUCCCAGCACUUGGGAAGCAGAGCAGGAGGAUCAAGGCCAGCCUAGGCUACACAGCAAGACCCUGUCUCAAAAAAGGGGGGGGGUCUUAAAAGGCCUGAAACAAUAAGACAGAGAAACAAAUCAGAUAUUCACCUGCAGCCCUGGAGAACAGUCCCGCACUCACUGAAAAAAAAGAUGUCAAGAGGUCGGAAGACAGAGGAGGUGGGAAAAUACUAAAACAGUAGGGUCUAAAGGGGGGAUCCCUGCAAGUCAAGUCCAAGAGUGAGCCAGCUGUGGUGUUACACAACUGUAAUGCCAACAAAAGGGUAGGAGCCCUAAGUGGCCUCCCUGCGACUCUAGGACAAGGUCCUCCCCAGCAAGGCUGAGGUGAGUUUGAACCCCAGUACCAAAAAAACAAAGCAAAAAAAACCCACACACGAACAUCUAUAGAAGCACCAAAGUGGUUUGUAGUCAGUCUCCUGGGUGCUAUCAAGAUACAGAAUCCAGACAAGGUCCAAAGCAGGCCCAACUCACCGGCCAACCCUCUGGUUAUCCCAGGACAGAAACAGCACCCAGCCUUGGUCACACCUAAAAGUGUUCCCCUCUGUAGGACAGUUCCCUUCUCUCAGGUGUUCACCCUCCUGUCCAGUGCUCUUUAUGUGACUUCCAGACCCAAAGAAAGUGUACCUUCUUUAUCCUGACCAACGCUAAACAGGAACAUUGUUCCCUCCCCACCCAGACCACCAUGCCUCUCUCACUGGCCCAAGAGGCCUCCUUACUUCUCAGGAGCACUGUUACUACCAGUCUGCACCGAUGAUCACCCCCUACCCAAGAAGUGGCUCGGGACCAAACCACGUCUCCCCAGUCCUGUACAACUGUAUUUCUCCCUGUCCUAUUUCAGGCCCUUACUCUGCUUUCUGUAUCUGCCUCUGCCUUGAGCCCAUUUGCUGUAACUCACUGCUGGCUUUGUGUCAGCUUUAAAGUGGAUAAGCAGACUUGCUGGGUGUCUAUCCAAGCCAUAAAGAGCUCAUGACAAAGCCAAGGACAGGGUGGGGGUAGGGAGACCCUGGCUAAUGCUGACUCACCAACCCACUGUGCAAAAUCCUGAACCCCCAGACUCCUCCUCGGAGCUCCCUUCUAACCCUGUCUCAAUCCGUGUCAGAAUUCUUGCUACUGCAGCCAGCUCCUCUUACUGAGGGCCACUUCCUCCUGCUUCAUCUGCCCCACCCUGGGCAGACCCAGCCUUUUCAUCUUACUCUUCCUUCUCAAGCCUGGAUUGCCCAAGUGUCCUCAGACCAUUUGAUCCAGUACCCAAAGCAUGCAAAAAACAACUUGUAGGCUUCUGCCCUGUCACCUCUAAACUCCUACAUACUCCAUAUGACCACCUCCCUUCUUUGGUAUUAAUAAAAGGCUAGAAAGACAAAAGGUUUGCCAAAGAUGAACCCAUCUCUAAGGAAAGCUGGGUCCAUAAUGAGGCUGCAAUUAAGACCUUCCUGCAGCAUCACUUUUUUUUUUUUUUUUUAAUUUGAGACAAGAUUAACCUCCAGAGCGCUGGGCUUACAGGUAUGCUUGUGCCACCACCACACCGAGACUUCCAGGCUCACUUCUGACAGAUCUUAAUGCAAGAAUAUGGAAGUUUCUUCCCUCACAGGAUUUCAAGAACAAGAUUACUUUCCUAACUCCUAGAAGAGAUCAUGCUGUUCCCUUUGGAGUAUACAAAUAACAUCACUCUACACCCAAAAGAUGAGUGGAGCAUGGGGUAGGUCUGUCACACCAAGGUUUGUCUUUGAGUCAAUAUAACCCAAGAGUCAAGGUUUCACUAUUUACCUUAUCAAGACCCAUAUGUAAACCACCCAUGACUGGCUGGCCACUUGGUCUGUAGGCAUGGACAGCCAAAAUAGCUUGGCCCAAUGCAUAAAAAUAUAGCCUGAUAUCAAAACACCUCAGCAAGGCAUUUGUCAGCAUUGCAAAAUCUUAGUCUCAACUUUUUUUUCACCUUUCUUUGUCUGAAACAGGGUCUCACUAUGUAACCCACGCUGGACUUCACAGCAGUCCUGCCUCAGCUUCCCCCAAGUGCUGGUAUUACAGGCUUGUAUCACCACACCUGGCUUCUCACUUUCUUGCCCUCCAAUAGUACUAGGGAUUUCAGGAAUUCAUGAGAAUACCAGGUAAGCACUGUACCAUUAAGUUGCAUCCCCAGCCCUUUAUUUUUUUGUUUGACUUUUUUCACUAGGAUCUUGCUACGUAGAUCAGGCUGACCUUGAGCUCACUAUGCAGCCCAGGUUAUCCUCAUGCUCAUGGUAACCCUCCUUGCUUCAAAACCCUUGUAAGAACUGUACUGUGGGGGCUGGGGAUUUAGCUCAGUGGCAUAAAGCACCUGCUUUGUAAGCAGGCAGUCCUGAGUUUGAUCCCUGGUACCGAUAAAAAGGAAAAAGACAAAAAAAAAAAAAAAAAAAAAAAAAAAAAAAAAGAACUGUACUGUGCUAGGCAUGGUGGCAUGUCUGUAACCCCAGCACCUAGGCUGAAGCAGGAGGAUCACUCUGAGUUUGUGGUUAAUCUAGGCUACACAAGUAAAUUCAAGGCCAGCCUUAACUACAUAGCAAGACCUUAUCUCAAAAAACAAAUAAAAAUUACAUGUUUACAUUUGUUUUUAUUAUUAUAAUAAAAGGCAGUGAUGACAGUGGAAUAGUGAAUGGCUAUGGCCUUUAAAGAAUGAGUCCUCAAAUCACUCAUCACUGGAUCAAGCACCUUCUCUGGGGGUUACAAAACAGAAAUGAGAGCCCAUCAAAGGGAGGGUGGAGAUCAGGAGAGAAGCAAACCCAGCUCUCUUCCAAUUGGAAACAGCCAUCCUUCUUCCUAAGAGGAUGUCCCUUUGUAUUCCCUGUAAGAGUCCACAUUAUGCUUUAAGGGACAAUUUCGACUGGGCCAUAGCUUUCCCAGUAAGUAAAAAAUACUGUUAUCUCCAUCUUCUCCAACAGUCUAGGAUGACAUUAGUGACACUGGCUAUGAGGGAUGCCUGACACAGGCAUAGGAAAUAAGUGCCAAUUAGGUGUUUGGAGCAUUUAGGAUCAAGAUCCCCCAAUAGACUGCUGAUACUAUCUGAUGAAACCAUUCUCCUGCCUCUGAGCCUAUUAUGUGUUGAAAGGAAGAACUGAGGUUUAGGGGGAAAAAAAAAGUGUCCGGCACCUUCAGUUAUCCAUGUAAGGUAUCCCCUUCAAGUGGUCAGCAGGCAUAGAAAGUAUAGAAAGUGAGAAUGCAUCAAGGGGAAAGGAGUAUUUAAAUACUGUACCGGUCCCAACCUAAGCUUUUCUCCAAAGGGUACAGUCUUUAGUCACAAUCUCAAGACAAACACCGCUCUAGCUAAAGGAACCUUCAAAUACCAGGAAGAAUCUGCACGGAGGCAACCCAGUUCAGAACCAAAUAAACUCCCCAAUCCCUGUCCCCUCAAGUCAGUCAAAGCUAAUCCACAGUACUGCUUCCCAAACAACUUCCCACAUGUCUCUAUGUCCUCAUUGUAACUAUUAAAAUUCUUGAUUGGCUAACUCAAAUGUCACCAACUUCGGAGCUUUCUCUGACCCCAGACUAGCAGUGCCAUUAUUUCUCCAACUCCGGGCCAGAGAAGACACGCAAAUUCCUGAUUCAUUCCAGGACAAUCUAACUCAGGGGAUCAGCUUAACCAUCUCUACAGUGGAUUCGAAAAGCUCAAUGCAACAAGCACAGAGAAGGCACAGUGAACAUGGGAAGGAAGUGCUUCCCAGAGACCUAGGAAGGACUCUUGAAGCUUGUGAAGAUUUGAAGACAGGGGUUGGUGGAAGAGGAAGGAACGAGUCAGACAGGAGGCGACCUGCACGUCUCCUGAUGGGGACUAGAGCCCAGAUAGGGAUCAUGUCCCCUGCAAUCGCGCUUGCAUUCCUGCCGCUAGUGGUAACACUGCUAGUUCGAUACCGGCACUACUUCCGACUGCUCGUGCGCACAGUCUUGCUGAGGAGCCUCCGAGAUUGCUUGUCAGGGUUACGGAUUGAGGAGAGAGCCUUCAGCUAUGUGCUCACCCAUGCCCUGCCUGGAGAUCCUGGUCACAUCCUCACCACUCUGGACCACUGGAGCAGCCAUUGCGAGUACCUGAGCCACAUGGGGCCUGUCAAAGGUCAGAUCCUAAUGCGGCUGGUGGAAGAGAAGGCCCCUGUUUGUGUGCUGGAGCUGGGCACCUACUGUGGAUAUUCUACGCUGCUCAUUGCCCGAGUCCUGUCCCCUGGGAGUCACCUUCUCACUGUGGAGCGGGACCCACGUACUGCAGCAGUGGCUGAGAAACUCAUCCGCCUGGCUGGCUUUGAUGAGCGCACGGUUGAGCUCAUUGUUGGCAGUUCAGAGGAGGUGAUUCCACGCCUGCGAGCCCAGCAUCAGCAGAGUCGGUUAGACCUAGUGCUCCUGGCACACCGGCCCCGCUAUUACUUGCGGGACCUGCAGCUACUGGAAGCCCAUGCUCUGCUGCCAGCUGGUGCCACUGUGUUGGCUGACCAUGUGCUCUUCCCUGGUGCACCCCGCUUCCUGCAGUAUGCCAAGAGCUGUGGCCGAUACCGCUGCCGCCUACACCACACUGGCCUUCUAGACUUUCCUGCCAUCAAGGAUGGUAUAGCCCAGCUCACCUAUGCUGGACCUGGCUGAGGUCCAGGACCAGGAAUAUUUACUUCUUCACUCCCAUUUCCCCCCACCCAAUGAAGGAACUUGGAACAUCCCCUUCCCUCCCUAUUUGGGGCCCAAUACAUGCAGGGCCUAGGGCUAGGAGGCUGUCUUCCCAACUCUGCCCCUUUUCAGACCCCACACUGACCUAAAGAAGUGUCAAAUUUUAUCCAA